AGGGAGAGGGAGCGGGAGCUCCUCGCUGGCAGGAGAGCAAGAGGAAGGAGGGAUCCGCAGCAGCCUCACCUGCCUCCCUUUCUCCUUAGGAGCCCUGAGCUCCCUCCGCAGGAGCUGAAGGAGGGACCCAAGGGAGUGGAGAAAUAAAUAAGAAUGGAUCAGUUUCCCAAAGGCUUUGAGGAUAAAAGAACAGUCUCCAGUGAUACCGACACUGCAUUGGCACGACAAUGAUUUGGAAAUGACACAGCAGUGUUCUUCUGUCCUACUGGUGAAGCAACAUUACAUGGAAUAGACUGGCUUCUAGGGAACAAAUAACACUUAAAUCCUCAGUGCUGGCCAGAUAUAAACCAGUGUGAUGUUGAAAUGAGAUGAGGCUCCGAAAUGGAACUGUGGCCACUGCAUUAUUUUUCAUCACAUCUUUUGUGAGUUUGUCUUGGUACACAGCAUGGCAGAAUGGGAAAGAAAAGCUGAUCGCUUAUCAAAGGGAAUUUCAUGCUUUGAAGGAACGUCUUCGGAUAGCUGAGCACCGAACCCUGCAGCGUUCCUCUGAAUUAAAUACCAUCUUGGAGCAGUUCAGACGAGCAGUUGCGGAAACGAAUGGCAGCAAGGAUGCAUUGAGCAGUGUUUCAGAUGAAACAUUAAAAUUGUUAAAGGAGCUAACAAGCAGAAAAUCUCUUCAAGUGCCAAAUAUAUAUUACCACUUGCCUCAUUUACUGAAGAAUGAAGGAAGCCUUCGACCUUCAGUGCAGGUUGGCCUUGGACGAACAGGAGUUUCUAUAGUGAUGGGAAUUCCUACAGUAAAGAGAAAAGUAAAGUCUUACCUUACAGAAACACUUCACUCACUGAUUGAUAAGCUUUCACCAGAAGAGAAGCUAGAUACAGUUAUGAUCGUCUUCAUAGGAGAGACAGAUCUCGACUAUGUAAAUGGUGUUGUAGCAAGCUUAGAAAAAGAGUUUUCUACAGAAAUCAGUUCUGGCUUGGUGGAAGUAAUAGCCCCACCUGCAUCCUACUAUCCUGAUCUGACAAACCUUAAAGAGACAUUUGGAGAUUCAAAAGAAAGGGUCAGAUGGCGAACAAAGCAAAAUCUGGAUUAUUGUUUCCUGAUGAUGUAUGCACAGAAAAAGGGUGUUUACUACAUCCAGCUUGAGGAUGACAUCGUUGUCAAGCAGAAUUACUUCAGCACAAUAAAAAAUUUUGCACUUCAGUUGUCAUCUGAAGAUUGGAUGAUUCUAGAAUUUUCUCAGCUUGGAUUCAUUGGUAAAAUGUUCCAGUCUCCAGAUAUUACUCUCAUUGUAGAGUUUAUAUUUAUGUUCUAUAAAGAGAAACCUAUUGACUGGCUCUUGGAUCACAUUCUUUGGGUAAAAGUUUGCAACCCUGAGAAGGAUGCAAAACAUUGUGAUCGACAAAAAUCAAAUCUCAGAAUACGCUUCAGGCCUUCACUUUUCCAGCAUGUGGGCCUACACUCUUCUCUUGCGGGAAAGAUUCAAAAACUCACAGAUAAAGACUUCCUGAAACCAUUAUUGCAUAAAAUUCAUGUGAAUCCACCUGCAGAAGUUUCUACAACAUUAAAGGUCUAUCAAGGACAUGCUCUUGAAAAAGCCUACAUGGGAGAAGACUUUUUUUGGGCUGUUACACCAGUUGCUGGGGAUUAUAUCCUGUUUAAAUUUGACAAGCCUGUCAAUAUAGAAAGAUACCUGUUCCAUAGUGGCAACCCGGAACAUCCAGGGGAUAUAUUUAUCAAUACCACCAUAGAGGUGUUGCCUUUUAAGAGUGAAGAGCUGGUGUUAAGCAAAGAAACCAAAGAGAAGAGAUUAGAAGAUGGAUUUUUCAGAAUAGGCAAGUUUGAAAAUGGUGUAGCAGAAGGAAAAGUUGAUCCCAGUUUAAAUCCAAUUGCAGCUCUCCGUCUUUUAGUCAUACAGAACUCAUCUGUCUGGGCAAUUCUAAAUGAGAUUCAUAUUAAAAAGCUCCCCAAUUGAGAGUGAUGAAGAAGGAGAAGGAAGGAAGAAGGAGAAGAACAUCGUCCGUCUUUUGGGGGCAAAAAUGUACAAAAUCCCACAAUCUGCCAAGGGAAGACAUUGAGCAUGCACCUUAUUUCCAACUAACCUUUCACUGAAACUCUACCUCCUGUGAAAUCUACUGUAGAUAAGAAGACUGACCCAUCAAGAAGAGUUUAUUGCGGUCUAAAAACUGAUAUCCAGCUGGUAUUACUUAUGUAGAUACACGGUUUCUCCAUCCGAAAAUGACUUUGUUGCCUAAGGAUCACUGUAAUCUUGUCAAUUUAUCUAACUGUGAUAGGAUAUGCUACGUAAAAGUUGUACAUAUUGUUACAUUCCUUAAAGAUGAGAAAUAUAUAUAUAUAUAUAAUAGUUGUUUAAAUACAUUUUAUGAAGGGGGUACUUUUUGGAGGUCCAUUUAUUUUGCUAGUGCAAACCCUCUUUUAUAGAUUAUCAGGGAUAUAUAUUCAAAAGCAUUAGGGAUAUUUAAUUUAUUAAAUGAUUUGAAAAGUACAUAUUUUUAUGCAGGUAAUGACUUGAUGCAGUUUUUUUAAAAAAAACAAAUGACCUUACUUCUUGAGUUAAUUCAACAUUUUGCUUUGAUAAUGAAGUAACCAUAUUUUGUAAUAUACUGCCAUGAUUGGAAGAGUUUGAGUUUGCAAACAAAGCACUUUUGUACCAUACCAUUUGAAAGUUCUUGUGCAAAAUCCCCAUAGACAUGAAUGGGGCCCCAUUGCUUGAAUGCAUAAUAAGAAAGGUGUGUACAAGGACUUUGAAGGGCAUUGUCCAUAAAAUCUUCACGCAUUCCUAUAGUUUAAUCUUAGCAUAUUGGGGAUUUUCUACUUCAGUAGGGUGUAUGAAAUCUGCAGUGAUCUUAGAUUUGAUUCAUCUCCCAUUACAGGGAAAUUUUGAUACCUUGAAUUUUUGUAAAGUUUUGUGAAAUGCCGCCAGCUUAAUUCCUCUGGAAAGAAAAGCAUUUUGAGGCAUCUGCCUGUUUUUAGUUUGCAACCCUUUUUGUAUGACUUCUGUUCAGUCUUUUGGAAUGACUUAAUUGCUGUUUUCUUUAGGGAUCACAACAGAAAAACAGUACAGAAUGACAUCAGCUGAGCUGGGUUUUUUAAAAAUGUGAUGGUCAGCUCUUUAAAUGUUCAGAUUACAGUAAUUACUUUUUUCUUAAAGCAGCCCACCUCCUGCUUAAAACUUUGCAGUCCAAGUGACUGAUACCAAAGGGCCGUGUGAUCCUAAUGCGUGUUACUUUUUGAAUUUCCAAGGAUAACAUCAGAUGCUUGCUUGACCAGUAGCCUUGAGGAGAGGCAAUUAAAGCACUUUGUGCCAUAGGGCACAGUAGACAUGCAAUAACUAAGCUAACUAACAAAAUUCUUACUAUUUUCUUAUCAGAACCCCAACCAAGACAUGAAAAGCUAAGCUUUUUACCUCACCUGCACUUCGGAGACUCAGUAAACAAAAGUUUACUCAAAUGGUUGUAGCUUGUGUCAUGAGCUAAUUCUUAGAUACUUCUGUGUCUUGGGCGUAAAGCUUUUGCCAAAAAUUGUCUUUGCCUUGGCUUAAAUUCAGAAUAAGGUAGUAGUAAUGAUAAUGUGUUUAGUUGUCUGCCUGCUUUGCCCUCUAUCAUGAAACACGUUGUAAAGAAGUAGUUGAUAUAAUGUGAUCAAUGAGGUUACAAAUAGUUCAAGACACUGCCAUUACAGCCUGACAUUUUCUUGCAUUUUCUAACGUUGGAUAGACCAUAUAGCGAUGGAUUCUUUUGCUGAAAGUCUUUACUUCCUCCGUAUUAGGCUAAAACAUACACAUGGAUUUCUCAUCUUGUGAAGCUUGGUACAGCGCUACCCUAGAUGUUACUGAUGUCCAGUUUUUGGAGUCCUUGGCCACAGAUCAUGCUGGUUAGGAAUUCUGGGAACUGUAGUCCACCUAAGUUUGGAAUUACUGGCAUGGAGACCAGGACUAAGAUAGACACCACCUUUUCUAUGAAAUCAUGGGUGUGACUACCUUAAAAAGGCACUCAGUCUCUGUUUUAGCCCUACUUCUAAAUUAUGGAGAUGAUAAUGCUGGCGUACUUUACAGCAUGUUGUUAAGAGUCUGGGGAGUAAUACAAAGUGCUUCCCCACCCAGACGGCUAAUUAUUAUCAUAUAUUGGAAAAAGUAGGCUGCCUGGAAUAUCAUUGAAAAUAAUGGGUGUUUAUUGUUGUUGUUGCUGUGUACCUUUAAGUUGUUUCCAACUUAUGGAAACUCUAAGGCAAACCUAUCACGGGGGGUUUCUGGGGCAGAGAAUGUGUGAUUUGCCCACAGUCACCCAGUGAGUUUCCAUGGCCGAGUGAGGAAUCAAAGCCUGAUCUCCAGAGUUGUAGUCCAAUGCUCAAACUACUACACCACGCUGGCUCUCAAUGGAUGUUUACAGAAGAGCUAAAAAAAGAGGAAUAGUUACAUAUCUGAGGUUGAAUUGAUGCUCAGUGAUGGCCUUAUGUGUUUGUCAGUUGACUUAUGUCUGCAGAAAUUAGAAUUGCAGAGUUAUGUAAUGUCUGGAUCCAUUAGAGGCCUGUUGUUACAUGGCAAAGCUGACAAAGUACCUGAUAUGUACCAGGCCCUCUUGCCAGUGUCCUGUUACACAUCUUUGCAAUUCAGAAAAGGGGUUUCUUAACACUGUGUAGCUAGGUAUAUGUGUAAGAUUCUACCAUAUAAGAUUCUGGUGUAAAUUUCUUUCAUGGUAAAGCAUUGGGGCUAAGACCAGCCUUUUCUUUACAUCAAGACACACUUUGAGACAGGUUUAAGAUUAAAUACCAAUUCCCAGUUCCCAAAACUUCCAUUGGACUUGUUUGUAUAGAACAGUCAGUGGAGAACAUAAUAUUAAUAUUUACAUCUUAAAGUUUCAUACUGAUCCUUUUUCCCAUGCAGAAGGGGGCAUCUGCACAACAUCUCACUACUUGAAUUGGAUUCACUCUUGGGUGCAUUUUAUGGUUUGAGGUUAUAUCAGAAGCAGCUAAGAGUAUGUUUCCUCAAGCACUGGAUUUUUUUCUGUAGCAUAAGCUCAGGAAACGUUUUAGCUUGAUGAAAAAAUGUGAGGUUUAUAGAAAGUUUUACUUAAAUGCAAGUACAGUGGCCCCUUGGUAUCCUCUAGGGUUUGGUCCCAGGACCCCUGUGGUUCCCAAAAUCCAUGGAUACUCAAAUCCCAUUAAAUACAUGAUAAACUGGGGUCCCUUAUAUAAUAUGACAAAAUCAAGCUUUGCUUUUUGGAAUUUCUCUUUCUUAAAAAUAUUAUCAGGCUGUGGAUGCUUGAAUCUGUGGAUAAAAAAUCCAUGGAUAUGGAAGGCUGACAAUAUAGUAUGAUGUAACACAAGAAUUAUUUGGCUGAAUAUAAUCUACAAAGAACUUGCUGGUAUAUUAAUAGCUGUAGGAGACGUUCACUAAAAUGAACAAAACUUGAAUACACCUGUACAAGUUGGAUUGUGGCUGUUGGGCUACUGGAAGAGCAAAUGCCUUUUUCAGUAAAAGGUAUUAAAAAUACUGUAUUUUUUUUAAAAUGAAUUAAAUGAAAAGCUUCCCUAAUUGUGGUAACAAAGUCAUGAUGUGACAAGACAUACUCUGAUGGUUUCAUGCUUUAUACCAGUGUUUUCCAAACUGUGGUUCUCCAGGUGUUUUGGACUUUAACUCCCAGUAGCCCUAGCCAGUUUGGCCAGUAAUCAGAAAUUCUGGGAACAGAAGUCCAAAGCAUCUGGAGAACCAAAGUUUGGGAACCACUGCUUUAUACUAUCUUAAUAGAACAGGAAGCUCAGUUACUGAAACUACUGAACAUGCAACUUCAAGUACGGUAGUUAUUUAUACGGAGGUGUUUAAAGAUAGCUAUUUCAAAUGUUUUCUGAUGAAGUCUCCAGAUAAUCUUUGGUGUUAAAACCUAUCUAGUUAAAAAAAGAAGAAGUAUCUUUGCAGCCUCCUUUCAUUGCUUCUUCCUGCCAUCUGCAAACCAGCUAGGGUUAUUUUAAUGAUUUACUUGCAGGCUGGGUAUAUUAAUCCUCUUCCCCUCCCUGCUAACUAUACUAAGACAUAAGCCUCAUGAAUAUCAACUCCUCUGCCAGAGAAAUCAAACAGACUUGUGCUUUUACUUGAAUUAUGGUGUCUGCCAAGGUUGUAAUAUGCUAGCCUUAACAGUGUCUAAUAAAGACAACUGGAUGGCUUGAGUUCCUCUUUCGUACAGAAUUUUCCAAGGAAAUAAUUUUAAUAAAGGAAUCGUUUAUCAUCCAUAGUAACAUUCUUACCAUUUUUAAAAAUGUCAGAAAUGCCCUCCUCUCUUUCUCAGUCAGCACUUUGCUGUUGUGUUCUUGUUCUUACUUUGGUGGAAUCUACAACUUCACUCCUGCAACCAGUGCUUCUCUGACACUCCAUAUUCCUAUUAACCAUUUACAGUGCUUGCUGUCUUUUUCUCUUUUGUGCUAGAUUUUGACUUUUGUUAAUCUCGCUGCUAUAUUUGAAAACCUAACUGGGUCAUGUUAAUUGUGCCUUUCAUCAAUGUGCUAUGUGCCACAGCUGCCCAUGUAAGAUUUGAAAUAAAUAUU